AUGAUUAAUCUACCUCCCACUGGUCUGGUAACUCCCUUAUACCCAUGGAUUUUUUGGGUUUUGUGGACUAGUAGGAACCAGUUAUUGUUCGAGGAUAAGUCUUUCUCGGAAACAGAGAGGAUGCUCAAGGCUAUAAAGGCGGCUGUGAAAUGGCAGGAGGCGACCAAUCUCCUAACCGCGACAAGGCUCCCUACCAAGAAACCAAACUCUGUUUCACUUAAAGACUGUCCACUUAUGAACUUAACUCCGCAGAUACCAGCAAAUACCUCAGCUCUGUAUACAGAUGCAGCUUGGAAUAGAACAUCUCUGGCAGGAGGCAUGGGAUGGGUAAGCACAAAAGCUGGCGGCUCGGUUCUAUUCAAAGGAACUGUGACUCGUCGAAAUGUGGCCUCAGCGCUCGUGGCAGAGGCUAUGGCUCUUAAAACAGCACUCUUGGAAGCUGUCUCUCAUGGUCUAACAGACAUAAUCUGUUUCUCAGAUUCUAAGUGUCUAAUUGACCUCAUCACAAGAAAGAAAACUGUGGUGGCUCUGCAAGGAUUACUCCAUGACCUCGGCGUGUUGAGUGAUUUUUGUAACUCUAUCUCAUUUUGUUUUAUCCCUCGGGGCCGCAAUGAAGUUGCAGACUCUCUUGCUAAAAAUGCUCUGUUUUGUUUGUCAAACAACCCGAGUGGGAAUAACUUUUCGGUUGUAAACUCUGUUUUUAAGUUGAUAUGA